CGGUUUGUUUUCCUUUCGUCUUUAUCUGUAGCUGCCCCAAAGCGAGCCCGUGCGGAGAGCCCCCCGUGUGUCCCCCCCACCCUCCACCCUCUCCUCCCCUGCUCGUCUGGCUACCUCCUUCUCUUCCCCACAAACAGUCCCAGUUAAGAACAGCAUGGUCAUGGCUGACAGUGUCCAAAAACCGCUGAUCCGGGGUCCGGUCCGAGUGGGCUUUUACGACAUCGAGCGCACUUUAGGAAAGGGCAAUUUCGCUGUCGUGAAGCUGGCCCGACACCGCAUAACGAAGACCGAGGUGGCCAUUAAGAUCAUUGACAAGACCCAACUGGAUGCUGUCAACCUGGAGAAGAUCUACAGGGAAGUUCAGAUCAUGAAGAUGCUGGACCACCCCCACAUCAUCAAGCUCUACCAGGUGAUGGAGACAAAGAACAUGCUUUACUUAGUCACGGAGUAUGCCAAGAAUGGGGAGAUCUUCGACUACCUGGCGAAACAUGGCCGUCUGAGUGAGCUAGAGGCCAGGAGGAAGUUCUGGCAGAUCCUGUCGGCGGUGGAGUAUUGUCACAACCGCAACAUCGUCCACAGGGACCUGAAGGCGGAGAAUUUGCUGCUGGAUGGCCACAUGAACAUCAAGAUAGCAGAUUUUGGAUUCGGGAACUUCUUCCAGCCCGGGGAGCCUCUGGCCACAUGGUGCGGCAGCCCGCCUUAUGCUGCUCCGGAGGUCUUUGAGGGCCAACAGUAUGAGGGCCCACAGCUGGACAUUUGGAGUAUGGGGGUGGUGCUAUAUGUGCUGGUGUGUGGCGCUUUGCCCUUCGAUGGGCCCACUUUGCCUGUGCUUCGACAGAGAGUCCUAGAAGGAAGGUUUCGCAUCCCCUACUUCAUGACUGAAGACUGUGAGCACCUGAUCCGCAGGAUGUUGGUCCUGGACCCAUCGAAGCGUCUGUCUGUGGCCCAGAUCAAGGAGCACAAAUGGAUGGCUCUGUAUGUUCCCGUACAGAGGCCUGUACUGUACCAACAACCUCUGUCCACUGAGGGCGAGGUGGCCGUGGGAGAGUACAGCGAACAGGUCCUUCGCCUGAUGCACAGCCUUGGCAUUGACCAGCAUAAGACUGUAGAGUCUCUGCAGAACAAAAGCUACAACCACUUUGCUGCUAUCUAUUACCUGCUGGUGGAGCGGCUCAAGGCCCAUCGCUGCAGCUUUCCCGUCGAACAGAGGCUCGACGCCCGCCAGCGACGGCCCAGCACCAUCGCCGAACAGACUGUCGUCAAGUCGACCAGUGGUUCAGCCCAGGUGGGUUUACUCCCGCAGGGUGUUCGUCUGCUGCGUUCCCCUGCUGUGCCCCAAGCCUCCUCCGAUGCUUUCACCUUCCCCCAGACUGCAUGUCCCCUGGAGCAGAAUUUCAUGGUGGAGGACGUCAACACACCCAAAGUGAACGGCUGCCUGCUGGACCCCCUGCCUCCCCCCACUGUCCUCCGCAAGUCCUCCACCUCGUCGCCUAGCAACAUGAUGGAGACGUCGAUCGAUGAGGGCAUCGAGACAGAGGAGCCCGACACAGAGGAUGACCCACCGCACCUACUCUCGGCCUAUCAGACAGCUCGGUUUGGCCAACGUCGACACACCCUCUCUGAGGUGACCAACCAGCCGGGUCCUUCAAACCAAGGUAAAUUAUUCACUCUCGGCCACAACCCCUCCAUGGGUAGCGUGGACUCAGACAUUGGCUACGACAUGGGCUCCAUGCACAGCGACCUGGGUCUGCUGGAGGAUCCCCCCUCUCUCAGUGAAGUGGUACCAAGCAACAGUUCGGCCCCCGGCGUCUCCCCUACGCCUUUCCUGAGUGCUCGGCCCGCCAACCCAGCAAUGGCCGCCCUGACCUCCCAGCAUAGGGAGGCGCACAACCGCUCACCCAUCAGCUUCAGAGAAGGACGCCGUGCCUCUGAUACCUCCCUCACCCAAGGUCUGGUUGCGUUUCGGCAGCACCUCCAGAACUUGGCGAGGACCAAAGGCAUCCUGGAGCUGAACAAAGUACAGAUGCUGGUGGAGCAGAUGGGCUCCGGGGAAGGGGCCGCCCUGGGCCCUCUGGGACCACAGCACCACUUGCACAAUCUUAUGGAGGGCGAGGCACCCAAGCAGCAGGAGGGCCUAGCUCCAUACCAAGGUGGGCUGCAUCCACCUCUCCUGUCCCGCAGACAGAGUUUGGAGACACAAUACCUCACUCAUAGACUACAGGCCAACGUCUUGGCUAACAGUCCUGCUAGCUGCCAACUUUUCUGUAAGGAGACUCCUCGAAGUUUAGAGCAACAGCUGCAGGAACACAGACUGCACCAGAAGAGGAUGUACCUGCAGCAGUCACAGGGCAUGGGGCUGCAGACCUACUUCAACCAGAUGCAGAUAGCUGAAGGAUCCUACCCGACAGGCAGCCCUGCUCUGGACCUGGCGGCGUCUCAAAGUUCCCCUCAGGGCCCCCCCAUGUCAGCCGCCCACCAGCCUCAGCCCCAGCAGCAGGGCAGCCCUCAGGCUUCGCCUCCCUUCAGCCACCCCCAUAGCCUCAGUCCCUUGAUGGAACCGGGCGAGGGCCUGGUUUAUGAUCCCUACAUGAGCCACCACCACUACACCCAACACCUUCCACCUGGAUCUCACCUCUACCACCAGCUCCACAACCCCCAGCCUCAUGAAGCCUCUGCCAGCGGCCUGGGCUUCAGCUACCCUAUAGAUUGCGAGCAGCAGGUCCUGGGGCCUUCCUCUGAGGUUCUUCUUGCAGAGCAGUAUGAGUUCCCGCUGGACCCCGCCUUACUGCCCCCGCCAGCUCCAGGAGAGGCUGAGGCUAGAGCUAUGGCCAGGGUUUUGGCUGGUCCGGGGCAGUCAGACGGCCUUGGCCUGCCUGAGCUGCAGAGCUCCCUCCUGGACAGUGAGAUGAUGGAGACCGUGGACUCCCAGCAUGGCUUCGUACUGGUCAACUAAAGCCAGCUGAGGGGGUUAAUAGAAAGCAGUAUUAAGCAAUGAGAACCCACACAGCACUAAGAGCAGAGAGAAUGGAGAUAUAAGUGGAGGCCACAAGCGUAGCAACAGGGAAGGAGAAGUGUUCAUUUUUGUACGACUAAUACAAACUUCAUUUCUUAGUUGUGACGAACCUCAGACAACCUUUCUACCAAAAUCCUCCCUUAGCCUACCUCCCUCUCUCCCUCUGUUCUCAUCAGCUCUGUGAGGCAAGAACAGGUCCGAUAAAUGGCACAAUUUGAGCUUUGCCGUGCUGACUUGGCGAAGCUGCAGUUGUCAUGGACGUUGUCCCACCUGUGAGGACUGCGCCGUGCAGCCCAGUGGUGGGGGGAGGGGGGGGUGCUGCACAUCUUGGAGGCUGCCAGAGUGCAGCAUUUCACCUAGAAAUGGUUUGGAAGUCAACUAAUUUAGGACUGACUGACAGGCAACCAAAAGGACAAUGGCUGGCAGUGCUUUUUGUAUUUAAAAUAGGACACCAUCAACAACAAUAGACUGGUUCUUAAAACACUGCAUUUUUAUUUUAUUUCAGUAGAUUAAAAAAAACAACUGAACAAGAGAAAAUGGCCCUCAUUUAUCACGGUACAAUGAACAUCUCCGCAAAUUCAAGUGUUAAAAGUGUUUUAUAGGAAUUAUUUCACACACUAAUGUGAGCGCAAAGGCUAACAUGACGGCCGUAUUGAUGAGUGCAUAUGUUUCAACACUAGUAUUCCUUCCAAAAACAACAACAGGUAGCUUUUGUUUGUCAUUAGCCUGAACAGAUACCAUGAACAUGCUGAGUGAAGCAGCAGGUUGGUCAGUAAUGCAUCAUUUGUUGAGCUAGGUUUGUGCUUUUUACAGCGCUAAAAACUCUCUCAAGCUAUUUUUUUAGUUCAUUAACUAAUAAAUAAUAGAUAUAACACAAUUCUUCAAGCUAUUGUGUAAGCUAUAUGACAUAAAUACUACAGGUUUUUUUUUCUUUGUGUUUUUUGUAACUACUGAUCCUGAUUUAUUUCUUACACUACUGAACUGCUAUUUCACUCUUUCCAUCUGAUUGCACACUCGCCAGGUGUCAUUACAUUCAAUAGGAUGAGGACAAUUUACCAGUUUUUGCAGGGCGAAAUGGCCACAUGCUUAUUUAACAGUUGAAUUGUGGGUCAUGCGUUUGCCUGAUAAAUGAGGGCUGAUGUAAUUAACCUGUGUUUGGUUGAGAAGUAGCGAUGUUAGACAGUCAAUAUUAUUCUAUUUUUGUGGCAAUACUGAAGCAAUAUUAAUCCUUAAUGUCGAGGGAUUAUGAAUGGAAGCCUCACCUGUACAGCCAACUCUGAUUGGUUCCCGGGGACCUCUGAUGAGUCGUCAGCAGUGACAUCACUUGAGCUGAUGAUGUAACCAGGAGAUAAUCUUUCACUCACUCGCCCUGGAAGCGCAGGGACAAGCCUGGAGACUCUGUGUGGUGUGUGUGUGUGUGUGUGUGUGAGAGAGAGAGAGAUAGAUAGAGAGAGAGAGUGUGUGUGAUUGUUUGUUUGCACAAUUCAUACUUCAGAUUUGUCAAAUUAUCUGUCAUCAUUAGUGAAAAAUACAAACACUGUAUUGACGUCUCCAUUCAAAAUAAAAACAAACUGUGCUUUUCCCUCAGCGCACAGUUGUAGCUGUUAGAUAAACUCUGGUUUACAUCCUCAGUGCUCCAGUCAUGCCUCUGUGUUGUUUUAUUGAUGAAUCAUGUUUAUAAUAAUGGAAUGACCCCUUAAAGAUUCCCUGCAUUAGAUUUCAUGAAAGAAUGUUUCCUCUCUGACGUUGGGGCUGCUGUGAGACGAAGACAAGCAGAACGUCGGUCACCAGACACUGGAUUUUAGACUAUAGGCUCACCACCGCUCUUUGACUGACAGCAAGCCAGCAACAAGACGAGAGAUCCUUUUUUUUUUUGUUCCUUUUUUUUUUUAUUUACAGCACUUAGACUGUUCAAUCUACUUGAAGCGCACAGAUGUAUCUUUUCUCACAGAUGAUGACUUACUGAUGAUUUAGAAAUUGGAAUAACGACACAGUGAACGUCAGAGGGUUGAGAUGAGAUUAUUGGAUUGUGACCAUCUGCCAGACUGUGUGACCUUCAGUGGUCGUGGGAUAAACUGUAGUGUUUGUGGUCAGAUUAGCCUUCAGACAAGACAGUCACUCUCAUGCUGUAGACUGGAUUGAGCAGAUAUAUCUUAGAGUUCACAAUCAAACCCUAAAGUUCAGAGGUGGUUCGACUAAGGAGUCUUUAUAGUUGCAGUUAACAGUCUUAAACGACGGCUAGAAAGUAUGGACCAACUGUGGUUGAAGUCCUGUGUGAGAAGGAAAAAUCCACCCUAAAAUGCUUUUAACACUGUUUCACAGACUAGCACAGCAACUAAUGAGGAAAUCAUCUGCUAAAUUAUUUUCUUGACUAAUCAAUUCGUUUUUUGGUCGAUAAAAUGGUGGGAAAUGCCUGUCACAUUUUCUCAGGGCCCCAAGUAUUCAUACUGCAUGUACUUUUCUGAACAGUCAAAAACCCAAACAUAUUUAGUUGACUUUCAAAAAAACUUUUUUUUUUUUGGUUCAUUUUUUGGCACUUUUGCAUAACAAAAAAAGGUUGUAAAAAGAUGUUGCUGAAUAAUUUGAUGUCUACUUGUGUCCUCUCCACAAUAGACUAACACUGUUGGCAAUGCAGUUUAUUUCUGGGCCUCUUUUGUUCUUCAGUGGUGUACUACUAAAUUCCUGAUUAUAAUCUGUCAAGAAAACCCAUUGUUUUGAUGUCACUCAGGAUCUGAGUGACAUCAAAUGUUUAGUAAGUCACCAUUUCACUCUGACGUUUUACAGCGAUACUAAUAACUCCAGCAACAAUGGCCUCAAUAGGCCAGAGUACACUGUGGCCACAAGACAUGUUGCAAAACAGGUCUUGUGGUUGCAUUAAUAGUUCCACCCUAAAAUUUACAAACUAGUUGGUUAGCUGGAUAUGUUUAUAUGGUCAUACACCCACAUUUUAUUGACAGGAAUAAGCUCACACCCAGUUUGUGGGUCAUGCUGUAAAUGUCCUUUAGAAAGAGAAGAGACUAACACAAGAGUGUGAGACAGGUUGAACAUAAAAUAAUAAUUCUGGAGUUUACAAAUCAGUACAUUGGCAGUGUAAGAGUAUUAAAGGGUGGAUUUCACCUUUUUAAGUGAAUAUUAUGAUUGUUUUUCUAUCAUUUUGUCAAUGGUCAGGCUAGAACAGCUACAGAAUGAUCUGUGGAAGUUGAAUACUGGAGCACUUUGACAACAAGGGGAAGACGAGAUGUAGCAAGAGGAGGAGGUGAUUGUGGUGGAGGUGGGAAAGGUUUGUAUUGCUCUGCUGUUUCCUGGCAGAUGAAACGAACCGUAAUCUGUAGGAAACACCUUUUCUCCUCUCUCUUCCCCACCAAUAAUGGACACAAAACACAUUUUCUUUCAAAGAAAGACCAGACACAGUAACACUUUAUCUGAUUGUUGAUUUUAAUCCAAGAAAGAGUAACACUUUCUUUGUACAAAUUAGAGGUGUAGUGAAUCUUCAGUGCGCGCUCAAGUUGCACCGAGGUGAAUUUUGUGUUGAACGUGAAAAGUGUUCAGUGUGCCUUUUACUUUUUUCCAAUCUAAAUUAAGAUUCUGAAUAGCGCCAUUAUUUCUGGUUGGACCCAUGUAUCAUUUAUUUUAUUAUGAUUACUUUUUUUCUUUUCUGUAUUUCUUUUUUUUUUUUUUUUUCUUCCGAAAGUAAGUAGAGCCAGGUUUUACAAAGGUACAAAACCAAAGUCCCUCAGAAGUUUCCCUGUACGACCCACCGUGUGGAGUUUUGGAGCUUCUUUAUCAGCUUCUCUACCGUGCUUUUUUCUCGUUGGUCAAUCAGUGUAUGCCAUUUAAAAGUAUUAUAGCAAUAUUUCUCUAGUUGAAGACUAAAGUCAUGAAGAUUCUAGUGGACGUGUUUCCAAGUAUCAUCAUUUCACCUCCUGCUGAUAAAACAAAAACAUCAAUCUAUCAAUAGAAAUCCAGUUUUAUAUUUACCUUCAUUGAUGUUGACCACACAUAAGCUAACUUGCUGUUGAGAUUAAAAAAGGUUUAUU